AUGGCAGUCGUAUUGCUAUAAACAGCGAUAUGUGAACAAAACAAACAGACAUGAAAGAUCUGACAUCAAUACGAACAGUUUCAUUUUCAUUCUGUUUUAAAGUAAAGGAACUCUGCCGAGUUAAACAGGUGUCACUGAUAUUACACACGAUUUGGAUGUAGAUGCAAAAAGAACUAGAUAACCUGGGAGGUCACGGACAACUUAAAUACAAGAUUAUUGUAACUAAACUUGUACACCAUAGUUCUAACAAAUGUCUGUUGAGGUUUUACUAAAGAAUGUCUUCACUGGCACAGGGGAAGGCCCACAUUGGGAUGAGGAUACACACACAUUAUUUUUCAUAGAUAAUUUAGGACAAAAAGUGUUCUCUUGGAAUUACAGAACUAAGGAAGUACAGAUGAUACAGUUAGAAAAAGUUCUGGGAUUUAUAAUUCCACGUGCGAAAGGUGGCCAUGUUAUUGGUUAUGGUAAAACUAUAUCAGCCAUAGAUUUGAACUCGAAGAAGGUCAGUGUGAUCACAGAAGUUGACCAAGCCGUUGAUACCCGGAUGAAUGAUGGGAAAUGUGAUGCCAGGGGACGUUUGUGGUUUGGAACCAUGGGAGCUGAUAGACUACCAGAAAUGCCGGAGAAAGAGCAAGGAUCUUUGUAUUGUUUAGAUACUGAUGGUACAGUGAAGAAACACAAGGAGAAAGUCACCAUAUCUAAUGGACUGGCAUGGUCCUCUGAUAAUAAACGGAUGUAUUACAUAGACUCAAUACCUGGGAAAGUUUACGGCAUGGACUACGAUAUAGAAACAGGAACAUUUACCAAUGAAAAAGUCACAAUAGACUUCGAAGCCAUAGGAACGUUAGGUUUGCCGGAUGGAAUGACUAUUGACAGAGAAGACAAGAUAUGGGUGGCUUGUUAUGCUGGUGCUAAAGUUGUAAGAUUUGAUUCUGAUACGGGUAAACAAUUGCAGUGCAUUGAUUUUCCCGCAAAAAGAAUAACGUCAUGCUGCUUUGGUGGGCCGAAUUACGAUGAAUUAUUUGUCACUUGUGGUUGCUCAGGUGCUUCAGAUCAAGAACUAAAAGAUCUCCCACUCUCUGGUUCUCUCUUCAGAGUUGCAGGUCUUGGUGUGAAAGGCUCAAAACCGAAUAUUUUUCAAGGAUAACGCUUUUUGUUGUUUUGCCUACUAUAUGAACCAAAUAGACAUGCAAUGGAAUAAGAGUUCGCGACAACGACGAGCAGUCAUGACAUAGCAGUACAUAUACUACAAGAUAUCAUUUUCCGUGUUUAAAAUCAUGGUGAUAAAUGUUGUCAAUGUACAUCCAGGCUGUUUUUUUUAUAAUUUGAAAUAGCAAAAAAUGUAAUAAAAGUAUCAAAUUAA